GGUGAGCUGUUCGAUAGAAUCGUUCAGAAGGGGAGUUACACAGAACGAGAUGCCAGUUCUUUGAUAAAACAAGUUCUACUUGCUACAGAAUACAUGCACAGCAGAGGCGUCGUUCAUAGAGACUUAAAGCCAGAAAACCUACUCUACUACAGUCAAGAAGAAGAUAGUAAAAUUAUGAUCAGUGACUUUGGUUUGUCCCAGAUCGAGACCAACGAAACCCACAUGGCCACCGCCUGUGGAACGCCAGGAUAUGUGGCACCGGAGGUUUUGUGUGUUCAAGAUGGGAAAACAACAUACGGAAAAGAAGUGGACUGUUGGGCAAUCGGUGUCAUCGCCUACAUUCUGUGA